AUGAUAAAGACUUUAGACAAGCGCUACUCUUUGCCCUCUCGCAACUAUUUUUCAUCCGUUGCACUGCCAGGUCUAUACACCCAGUGUCUAAUGACAGUCGAGGAAGAACCGCAAAAUAUGCAGAACUUCGCGGGAACAGCAGACCUAUGGUCAAGCCGAACCACUGAGCCGUAUUUAAGCUUGACAGUGCAUUUCAUAACAAGUGACUUCAACAUGAAAUGCCGCUGUCUACAGACGGCGUUCUUCCCCGCUGAUCACACUGGCAAGGAACUGGCACAGGGACUAAAGGAGAGUCUCAACUCCUGGAGUUUGGAGGAGGAAAAAAUGGUGUGCAUCACCACAGACAGCGGAGCAAACAUAGUAAAAGCAGCCUCCCUGAACAACUGGACAAGGCUUCAAUGUUUUGGCCAUAGGCUACAUCUGGCUGUAGAGUUGGAGCUGAACUUUACAGGACCGGUUUGGGCACCCCUGGUUCAGAGGGUCCUUGAACAGCAAACUGCUAUUGGACAUGUUCUCUCCUCUGAUCGGAAGGCUAGACACCUGACACCAACCUGGCAGGAUAUCGAAGUCCUUGAAGUGAUCAACAAGACGCUCACCCCACUAGCAGACUUUACUGAUGCUCUCUCAGGAGAGCAGUAUGCUACUAUCUCCUCAGUCAAGCCGGUCCUCCACCUUUUUGAGACAAUGAUGGCAGUGCAGGAAGAUGAUACAGAUCUCGCACGAUCAAUUAAAUCAAAAAUUCUGCAUUACCUUAAAGAAAAGUAUAGUGAUCCACACACGCAGGAGCUGCGCGACAUAGCCACAGUAUUGGAUCCACGGUUUAAACUGGACUAUGUCAGCGAGGACAACAAAGUCAGUGUCAAGGACAGACUGAAGAAUUGCUAUGCAAAGUCCACCCACAACUUCCCCCAGCGCCUAGCCUUCGCUGCCCCCCGUAGAAAAGAAGAGAAAGACCUUAGGCAGAUUUUUUUUUUUUAAAAGCAGCAAAGGGCAAUGAGUAGAAAAAUUGUGAUUCACAUUUUAGCAAGAAUCGUGCAGCCCUAGUCUAUUUUAAAAUGAGCCUAUAUGUCGAAAUGUAGCCUAUGUGAAAUGCUAUGAUCUUUCUUCAUUUCAUUGACUGAUCCGGGGGUGUUCAUUUCUACAUUUUCCAGCUCAUUUUCCGCUAGAAGGUUAACACACAACUGCAGUCAUGCAAACCAUGGAAUUUUAAAUCACUAACAAACACUAAAUUUUAGCUAAUGAUUUCCAUGCUAGUCCUACCUGCAAAUGUUCAAGUUGGUUGAGUAGCCUUUGUUAAAGCAAGAGUCUUCAUGCAUAGCUUUCCUUUAUGCCUUUUGAAGACAAAAUAACUGUGAAAUUUCCAGACAUGAAAAUGUUUUCCCAGCAGGAAUCAUCAUAAUUAACUGUAGCAGCGUCUCAUCCCGCGUUUGAGGAGAAUAAUUGUAGACAGGUGUUAUUUGCGCACACAACAGCAGGUGGCUCAUGUGAGUCAACGUGUGUCAACAGAACCAGGAACUACUGUAUGAUAAAGCAGUGCUAAAUAUGGCGUUAUGUCAAACUCAUUUAUUUAAAUUUAAACAAAACAAAUGUAAUGUAGUAUUCCCACUUUUUACUAAAUGUAACUGUAAUCUGAAUACUUUGUUUCUUGAUGUAACUGUAAUGGAUUACAGUUACUAGAUUUUUGUAUCCUGAUUACAUAACGCCAUUACAUGUAUUCCUUUACUCCCCAAGCCUGGGUUUUCAAACC